GGCGCGACCCGGCCCCGCACUUUCCAAGAUGGCGGCGCCCACGGGCCACGUGGGGCCCGGGGGAGGGGGGGAGGAGGAGGAGGAGGAAACGGAGGAGGAAGAGGACGAGGAAGGGGAAGAGGAAGAGGGGCUGCGGGCCGUGUUCCCCCGCGACCCCGAGCUCUUUGCCGAGUCCUUCCCGGCGCGGCGCCGGUUCCGCCUGUGCGGGCGCGUCCUGCGCAUCGCGGAGCUGCACGGGCCGGGGCUCGGCACGGCCGGGAACGUCUGGGAGGCGGCCCUGUCCCUGUGCCGGUUCCUGGGGGAGCAGCGCCUGGACUUGGGGGGGCGGCGGGUUCUGGAGCUGGGGGCGGGCACCGGCAUCGUGGGGAUCUUCGCUGCCAUGCUGGGUGCGGGGGGGGGGGCGGAGGUGACGCUCACGGACCGUCCGGCGGCGCUGCCGCAACUCCGGGAGAACGUUCGGCAGAACUUCCCGGGGGGGUCCCCCGAGGGGGUCGCGGGGGGGGGCCCCGCGGGUGCGGGCGCUGCGCUGGGGGCGGGACCAGCGCCGCUUCCCCCCCAGAUUCCACCUGGUGCUGGGCUCCGACAUCGUCUGCUGCGGAGAGACCCCGAGAGGGACAUCGAGAUCUACGGGCUGACCCCCCGGGAGGGGGAGCAGCUCACGGGGGGCUGGGGGGGUCCCGAGGGGGAUUAA